AUGCCCAUUCCUCCUAUAUCUACGGAAAAUAAAAACUUAGAUGAAGAUAUACUGAGUUCAAGAUUAGCUAGAUACAAUGCCAUUCAACCAGAAGUCAAACAAUAUCUUUAUGAUAUUUUAUCACCAAAAUAUCCUGAUUUAUUCAUUCACAAAUUCUCCAUCGACAAAACAUCAGGGAAAAUCUUACAAGAGAUAGAUUUAUGUGAAUUAUUAAAGGAUGGUGAAUUAUUAUGUAAACUAGGCCAAUUAUUAGGUCGCGACAAUAAUAAUAUCAUUCCCAAUAAUCCAACUUUCAAAUUUAAAAAUUCACAAUUGGCAUUUCAUCAAAUGGAAAAUAUUAGUUUUUUCUUAAAAUUAUGUGAAUUGAUUAAAUUACCUCAUGAUGAAAUAUUCCAAACCGUCGAUUUAUUUGAUGAGAAAGAUCCUUAUCAAAUAUGUAUUACAUUAAUGUCAUUUUCAAGAAUUGUUCAUGAUUUGGAUAAUCAAGUUUUUUAUAAAGUCAUAGGUCCCAAAAUUGUUAAAGUAAAACCAACAGUGCCGAUAAAACCUUACAAAUUAAGAGCAUGA